CCUCAGAACAAAUGAGAUUUCAUGCAAGGGGAGGCCAAAAGAAUCAUAUACAGAUGGGGAAACUGAGGCACAGAGCUAUGCAGGUCCUGAUUCUGCACUGAAAGCUGUGCAGCAGCCCCCUCGGGGACUCGGGCCCAGUCUCGGAGACGGCCUUCUCUGCUAAGUCCCCCCACUUCAACGCUGAGGAAGCCUAUUCUGCCCAUAUGCCUGAGCACCUUCGCUGCGAUGCCUGCAGAGUGAUAGCCUUCCAGAUGCAGGAAUACCUGACAAAAGCAGAAUCCAAACGGUCGUCUGCUAAAGCACCGUCCGCUCGUCUGAGCGAGUCUGAAUACGUGGACACAUUGGAGAACAGCUGCUCGCAGAGCUGGGAAAACUAUGGAGUGCAAGAAGUGCGGGGAGUGAAACGCUUCGCAGGGCCUGGCCUGAAGAACCAGGAGACGGUGAGUGUGAUGAUGACAGGUGGACCAUGGCCAGCAAGAUUAUAUAAGCUGUGCCACAGCUACCUGGGCGAAUUUGGGGAAGAGCAGAUCUACGAGGAGUACCGACGCAGGCCGGCUGCCUUGGCAGAGUUCCUGUGCUUCGAAGAGCAGAGAGCCUGCACAAGACUUAGCGACACCCAGAGCAAAAGCCCAAACAAAGCGAAGGCUCUGCAGAGCGAACUGUAGUUCUGUUCCUGCUCAGCCAAGAUUGGCAAAUAGGUCUAAGCUGACGAGUGUGUGCCGUCAGCCUGGCCUGCCGACUGGCCAUCAGAGGAGACCAAUGUGCAGUUUCUGGGCUUUCCCCCAAAAAACAAAUGCUUCCAGGCUCUUUUACAUCAUUGUUAUUGCUUAAAAAAGAUCAAUCCCCGUAACCCCGCAGGGCUGACAGGCACCCCAAUAAUAAGAAACCACCGUAUACAUCCGAGCAACCCAAUAAUAACAAACCAACAUGUACAUCCGGGCAACUCUAUAACAAACCAAAAUAUACACUCAGGCAACCAAAUAAUAACAAACCAAUAUGUAAAUCCAGGCAACCCUAUCAUAACAAAACAACGUGUACAGUUAGGCAGCUUUAUAAGAAUAAAAUGAUAUUCUUAGCCCAGCAAUUAUUUAUGGGCAACCCUAAAAUAAACCAACACACAUACAUAAUUACAUACCAUAUAUCAAUCCAAUGCCAGAAACACAUGGUGGCAGAUCCUCGGUGUAAAUUAUCAUAGCUUCAGCAAAGUCUGUUGGAGCUGGGCUGUCGUCAAUGGCACUCUGACAAUUUCCACCUGCUGAGGAUCUGCCCACUAGAUCUAAUAUAAGCUCAGUAUAUUGAAAUAGUUACAUCCAGUCUGAUUUUUAGAAGUCCCGAUUCCUCACGGGUCCUAUUGACUUCCUUUCCCACAUUGAGUCAUGGGGCAUAUGUAGGUUUGCUGUUGAAUUCCUCAGGUUCCUAGCUGUGCAUUUUAUAAAUAAUGCAUUUUACUAACUACACCUCUACCUCGAUAUAACACUGUCCUCGGGAGCCAAAAAAUCUUACUGCGUUAUAGGUGAAACCGCGUUAUAUUGAACUUGCUUUGAUCCACAGGAGUGCGCAGCCCCGCCCCCGGAGCACUGCUUUACCAUGUUAUAUCCGAAUUCAUGUUAUAUUGGGUCGCCUUAUAUUGAGGUAGAGGUGUAUAUGAGUAUAAAUCAAUGGCCCAUCAUUUCCCAUUGUAUCUCACAUCUUUAAGUCAGUUCUCAGAAGGUCAUUUCAAUGAUCGUCAACCCCAUGGUGCAAAUAUGUUUCAGGUGGUUUGAAAAAUCUCUUUCUAGUCUGGUCCCUCGUAUGGGCUAGUGCUCGUUGUCUGGCAGUGCUAAGGUGUUUCCUCCCCCACCCUAACUGAGCACAAGGACAUUGAUGGCUUAAGUAACUGUGGACACUUUCUGUCUUUAUUUAGGUGGAGGGGUUUUAAAUGCAUUUGGAGGCCUUUUACUCACUGUAUGAUCAGUUGUUUUCCCCUGGCUAUUCUUCCCCUGUUAUUUCGAUCUAAUGUCAAGCUGCCUGUCUUUUGCUCAUCACCUGUGGGCUCAACAGGUGACCCUGCUGCCCUCCCUUCCCAGCACUUAGGGACGUUUCAAUCCUUUUCCACCUAACUUCGUUCACUUCUUCCUGCACAGCAGGAUUUUUCUGACAGUGAGAGUCAUUCCUUUGUGAAUGUUUCCAGUUAUUAACUGCUUCCUGUUGUGGCUCACAGGCCUGCAGUCUGAUGAGCAGGCUGUGCGUUUAAUAUGCUGUUCCGAUCUUGUUCUAGGUUCCUGCUUUACAUUGUUAAUUUCUAGCUGGCCGAGUGUCUGGGCUGAAUGGCGCUGUUAUUUCAGCGGACGGUUUGGUUUAUAAAACGUUAUGGUCUGAAAGCUGGUUUAUUUUGCCACAGAAAAAUGCAAUGAAAAUUAAAGAAAACUUGA